GUGCUGCGGCCGCCCGGGCGGACCCGGCGAGAGGCGGCGGCGGGAGCGGCGGUGAUGGACGGGUCCGGGGAGCAACCCAGAGGCGGGGGGCCCACCAGCUCUGAGCAGAUCAUGAAGACAGGGGCCCUUUUGCUUCAGGGUUUCAUCCAAGAUCGAGCAGGGCGAAUGGGGGGAGAGACACCUGAGCUGCCCUUGGAGCAGGUGCCCCAGGAUGCAUCCACCAAGAAGCUGAGCGAAUGUCUCAAGCGCAUCGGAGAUGAACUGGACAGUAACAUGGAGUUGCAGAGGAUGAUCGCAGCUGUGGACACAGACUCUCCCCGUGAGGUCUUCUUCCGAGUGGCAGCUGAGAUGUUUUCUGAUGGCAACUUCAACUGGGGCCGGGUUGUUGCCCUCUUCUACUUUGCCAGCAAACUGGUGCUCAAGGCCCUGUGUACCAAGGUGCCCGAGCUGAUCAGGACCAUCAUGGGCUGGACACUGGACUUCCUUCGAGAGCGGCUGCUGGGCUGGAUCCAGGACCAGGGUGGUUGGGACGGCCUCCUCUCCUACUUUGGGACACCCACGUGGCAGACAGUGACCAUCUUUGUGGCUGGAGUGCUUACUGCGUCACUCACCAUCUGGAAAAAGAUGGGCUGAGGCCACCAGCCGCCUUGGACUGUGUCUUUUCUGCAUAAAUUAUGGCAUUUUUCCGGGAGG